UUCAUAACAAAUAAAUUUGGCCGAAAAAUGCCGUUAAUUCUCAUUUCCAUUCCGAUUAUUAUUAGUUGGAUACUCAUUUUGUUUGCACCUAACGUUUAUUAUUUGUAUGCCUCGAGAUUGUUGAAUGGCUUUUUCGGUGGAGGUGCCUAUACUAUCGUUCCAUUGUAUCUCUCUGACUUUGCAUUUGAUCGAAUCCGGGGCACUUUGGUUUCAUCAUUGAUACUAAGCGAAAAUUUUGGCAUGUUACUUGGAUUUACGCUUGGACAUUUUUAUAACUUUUACAUAGUGCCUCAGUUUGUCAUUUCACUAAUGGCCCUAUUUGCUGUUCUGUUGUUCUUCUUCCCCGAAACGCCAGUAUUUCUUGUCAAACAAAACAAAAUAUGUCAGGCCGAAAAGUCCAUAAGAUUUUAUCAAAAUUUGAGCGAUGGAGAAAAGGAAAACAAAUUAGUCGAAAUAGAAAUAAAUCGAUUGAGAAUCAUGAUUAACCAUGAACAAGUAGAAAAAAGUACUGACAAAUCCUUCAAAUGGUCCGAGCUGACAACUAAGUCAGUGCGAAAAGCCUUGACAAUUGCUUUCGUUUUAGUUAUAUUAACCAAUUUCAGUGGAGUUUCGGCUAUGUUGAACUACACUGCAAGUAUAUUUGAAGAAGCCGGUUCCAAUUUGCAUCCAAACAUAUCGACUAUUGUGGUUGGAGCGAUUCAACUGUUUGGCACAGCCAUUGCGACGAAACUAGUUGACCUAGCUGGACGAAAGUCGUUAUAUGCUGUGUCAAAUAUUGGAACAGCGCUCGGUUUAAUCGUAUUGGGAACGUACAUUAUACUUAAAUCACAAGGAUAUCCAGUAGAACAUUUCAAUUGGGUGCCGGUCAUAAGCUUCUCAUUCACCAUUUUUGUUGCAGCAUUAGGCAUUGUCAGCCUUCCGCUGACUUUAUUCUCGGAAAUAAUGCCUGAAAAAAUGAAAGAUUUUGGCGUCACUUCCUUUCUGACACUUAUGUGGUUUUCCUCAUUUCUGCUGAUAAAAUAUUUGCCAAUGCUCACCAAAUCAUUGGGUUUUGACAUGAGCAUGUUCAUCUUUGCAGCGGUAUGUUUAGCUUGCGAACUGUUUAUCAUUUAUUUCGUGCCGGAAACCAAGGGUAAAAGUCACAAAGAAAUUAUCAAUAUGCUUCAUAAUAAGGAAGGCCAUUAAGUAUAAGCUUAUUGUAAAUGUUAGUUUAUUUGAUUAGAAAAUAGUUUCGUGAAUAUUCAUUUUCGAGUGUGUUGCAUCAGCGCUGACAGUUAUGUCGAAAAGGAUUCUAUGCAAUUAAUUUUUUAUUUUUAAAAAAUAUUUCAACGUCUCUACUGAUUUAGUAGUUGUAAUGCUAGAUAUUAUCUACUUGAUAAUUUAAUUCACAUUUUGAAAAUAGUACUGAAAAAAAUGACUAAAAAUGACUCUCAAAAAACUAUAUCAUGUGUAAAAUUUAUUUCGAAGAGCAACAAAGCAAAUCACAUUUUGAUUUAAAUCUGCUACGAGAAUAUUUAUGUUUCAUUUUGAUUUUAGUAUUUGUUCUGCAGAACCUGGUUAUGUUUAUAUUUUUGUAAAAUCUCUGCAAAGAAUGGUUCCAAAACCAGCUUGGUUGACUUUUGUUCGUCCUGAAGGAAACUCUUAUCCCAAUCAAAUCAUAUAUACGUGAGGCUUUUGAUUGUGUGAAAUUUUAAAUGUUCGAAUCUUUGCGCUGAUUUAUUACACGUCUAUCACACAGACUUAUUACUGAAAGAGUAAAUAGAAUCCCUGGAAGCAAGUCGUUCACAGAACAUAUGGUCAACAGCUGUAAUUUAUUUUAGGUAACGACAAUAUUGAGAAAUCACUGUCUCACAUUCAUACAAUAUAUGUAUGUGCAUUUCUGAUCAGAAUUUCGUUUCAUGUCGGUCUCAAUAGGAUCUUAUCAAGUUUCUUGUGAUUGAUUAUUGAGCAAAUCAUUUUGGAAAUUGGUGAGCGGAGUUAUUUUUCAAUAUUGCGAAUUAAAUGUAAGAUUUAGUAUUUUUUCCCCUUCAUCUUAACGGUGCGGAAGUCCAAGUGUGUGAUAAAAUUUAUUUUAAAAAAUAAAACCCAUUUGAUCACAAUUUAAUUUGUGUUAAUUUAGCUUUAUACGUUACACCUUCUUAGAUACAAUACGUUUUUCAUAAUCAAUGUGAUAACAAAUGUCCAGGGUUAACUGCAACUAAGCUAAACUAAAGCUAACUUCAUGAAGUUAAUAAACUUAUUGAAUUUUCAAUGAAAUAAUUUAAAAAGGAAGUUUUGAGACAUUGUUCUUCUAAAUUUCGUUUUGAAUUAUAAAACGAUUAACUUAAUUAUGCACAAAUAGACAAAUUCAUUGUCAAAAAUAUUUAAUAAAAUUCUGUAUAAAUUUACUCUACUCGAAUUCAUACUUGAAUUCCAUUGAAAUAAAACCAGGCGAUGGACUUUGAUUGAUAUAUGUCAAUGAAAA